GCGGUGGAGACAUAUUUGAUUGUAUACAGAGAGGAAAUAUUGAAGAGUGUAUACACUUCGUUCAGAGUAACCGAUCUAUACUCAAGCAAAAAGCUCUUCUGUGAGAUGGUCUGGCACAGAUCCUGUGAUGAAGAGAUGGACAGAUCCAGUGACAACACAGCACAAAGUCACAUUGUGCUGAACUACUCUAACCCCCAAACUUGAGAGGGCUUUCAGCGUCAACAGGCUGACAGUCGAUGCAUUUAUGCCAGUCUCAUAUUGUUAGUCAAAGUCAGAGUUGAAGGUCAGUGUCAUCAAGCUUGAUUGUGUAAUGUAAAUGCAUUUCUCAUCAUUCAGGUUGGGGUGGCUUUACCCCACUCCACUAUGCUGCUCUGCAUGGUAACCGAGCCUUGGUCGACCUUUUCCUUAGUGCAGGAGCUGGUCCUAACCUGACAUGUGAUGCAGGACAGACAGCUUUUCAUUUUGCCUGCAGGCAAGGGAACAUCUACAUCAUACAUCAAAUGAUGCAGUAUGGGGCCGAUUUACGUCUCAUAGACCUACAGGGAAAAACAUCACUGCACCAUGCGGUCACUGGGGGGAGCAUCAUUGCAGUGCACUAUUUGUGGGAGACAGGAAUGUUUAGAUUCACAGACACAGACAUGUACCAGGUGACUCCCCUUCACCUGGCUGCAUCCACAGGAAACACAGAAGUUAUUCGGUAUUUGCUCAAGGACCAGAGGUGUGCUGUGGAUGCAGUUGACCAGCAGGGUGCGACAGCGCUUCACGUCGCAGCAGAGAGGGGUGGAGUGGAAGUGUGCUGGAUACUACUGCAGAGAACAGGGUGCGGGAUGCUCCAUCAGAAGAAUCAUAGCGGCCUGACACCACUGGAGCUCAGCAAACAGGGCAAAACAUUUAGACAUCAGCAACUCACCAAACUACUGAGUCGGUACAUUAAUGAGCCAAUACACCACAAGCCCAGAGAGUCUCAUGUUUUAUACUACUGGACACUGUUUUUUCCAUCGCUGAGUGGAGCUGCCAUCCUGCUGAUUGCAGCCAUGUUGGGAGGCUAUGGGGGUUUAAUCUGUGGUUUGCUCUUCCCAUGGCUUGCCAGAAGCAUUUUCACACAAUACCACCGCAUGACCACAUACCAAAGGUUACCUAACCCGAUCUACUUGGGAACCCUCAUUGCUGGUUUGAUCCAUUCUCUGCUCUGCUUCUAUGGAAAAAUGAUGCCUAGUGUGUGGCCAACCAGUAGUUUAACCCAGGUGUCGAUGGUCCACUUUUCCAUACUCCUUGGGUUAUUCUGUAAGGUUCUGACACAAGACCCUGGGACACUAGACAGAGCAGAAUCAGAUCCUCGGUUCUCUUGUAUCGCUGAUCUGGUGGAGAAGAACCAGAGCCCACAAAGGUUCUGUCCAUACUGUGAGCUCUUUCAGCCUGACUACACUAAACACUGCAAGCUGUGUGAAAUGUGCAUUAAAGACUACGACCAUCACUGUCUUUUCCUCAACCGGUGCAUUGGCCGAGGUAACCACCGCCUGUUCCUGGUCUUCAUCCUCUCCAUGGUGGCUGCCCACCUUCUUUUUGUUGCCACAGGAAUAAGUUACCUGUACAGCAAGAUGCCUGGAGGCAGCCACAGCUUCUCAUUGUGGCUCACAUUGUUAGGUGAGGAUUUCUGGGUUGUUGUCAUGAUGAUCAUGAAUGGACUGACACUCAUCUGGGAGGUGUGGCUUCUAACUGAGCAGUUUGAUGCUGUUGCCACUGGAACAACCACCUACUUUAAACAAUGCGAAAGCGCCGCACGACAGCGGUCACUAGCACAGCGCUGGGUGAUAGUGCUGUCAUUUCUGAUGGAGGGUUGGAGACGGGUGGGCAGCAGACAAGCCAGAGAGGACAAAACUGCCAUAGACAUUUAAAACUGUCACUCUGACCUUUGUGCAGCUUAUUUGAAAACAUUUCCAGUAUUGCUCAAGUACAAAUACUCACUCUUAGUUCCUCUGUGUAAGGUGGUUUGUGAUAAUGUCCUUUUUAGAUUCAGUAACUUUAAUGCCAUAUCUGGUACUUGAUUUUAGUAUAUCUAAUAUAUUUUGAUAUUAAAUAGGCUAUUGUAGAUUUGCCAGGACAAUAGUUCACAAAGUGACUUGCAGGGUAUCUACCACAAAUGUAGACAUUCGCCUAGUUUUUAGAGACCUCACUGAAAACUCAUACUUUAAGAAACAGUGUUUUUAUUUUCUCGUUGUUUUAUAUUGUUUGUGUAAAGUACUCAAUAUUUCUGACACUGUGUUUUAGCAGCGAGCGUCUACAUGAAAGCCUGUGUUUAUACUCGUUUUUGUAUCCCAGUAAUCAUUUUUAAAUGUCAUUCUUUAUUGCUGCUCUAAAUAAACUUUUGUAAAACUGUAAAACAUCCAACUGAUCAAAGUUUACUGUGUUUUCAUAAAAUUAGCAAGUCCAGUGAUUAGCUGGAGAUAAUGGUUAACAACAGACGACCCAAAAGACUUUCUUCCCAACCUAAUGUCGUUACCUCUCUAACCUGCUCCGAGUCAUUUGUGCCAUGACACUUCCUCUGCUCUCAUUAAUGGGAUAUGCUUUUUUCAUGCCUUCAAUUACACACACUCAUUUCCUAUGUGUCCCUCAGGACUGUAUUUCUAGAUUAUAGAUGAUAUUCCACACACCCCAGAGGCUGGUGUGUCUGGUCUGUGUGAGUGGCCAUGUCGUGUGACAUAAUUCAGUGUCUGCUGUACUGCC